CAAAGUUCUCACCCUCCCAUCCAACUCUGGAAAAAGAAAUCGGGCACUGAUAUUGCUCGGUUGCUGCUUGGCUCAUGUUUCCAUCCACCUUACAGUUUCAAAUGUGAGACUAGGGUGGUGGUUUGAUUUGCUCUAGAGACAGCAGAGUACAGAGAGGCAGGGACAGGGAGAAGGGGGGAAAUUUCUUGUGUUGAAAGGAGGACUUUCUAAGCUUGGCUGUGCCACAUGCUGUUUGUCUUCUGAUGUGUAAAAAAAUGGCACAUGCACCAUGCUUGCUGGGAUAAAAGGUGAGUUUUGGAUAAAAGGUCUUGGAUAAAAGGUUGGAAGACAACAGAGAAAUGGUUCUUUCAAAAGUAGCUGAAAAAGUGGGUGACGAGACGAUUCUGCAUUUUGUCCUUUGCAUCAGUUAUCCAAACAUCUUGUGCUAGUACUGCUUGGCUUGGCAAAAAGGACAUGUGAAAAGAGUCUCAGGGGUUGCAGCUAGAAGAGAGCAUGACUCAGCUGUCAGAUGCAUCUUUGAUAGAUUGUAUUAAGAGUGCCAUAUAACUGUUUCUUCCAGUAAUCAGUGUACUUUAUUCUGCACUAGUCAUAUGUAAUCUGAGUGCUGCGCCUGUUGCUAGACUUCUACAAAGAUGCAAACUAUAGAUAAACUGGAUUAUUUGUGCAUGCAGCCUUCAGCAGAGGAAGAAAGUGCAUAUUUACAAGAAAUGUAAUGCUGCACAUUGGCCUGCAGAGGGAUCAGAACAGUUUUUACUUUCGAGGCAUUGAAGAGCUGAAGUUUCAUAAAUCAGGACAUCACUUAGGCACUUCUGAUGCAGCAGACCGGGAUCCUUCUCUCCACUUUGUAGUCAUUUAAGUAGGAAAGCAACCUCUUGGGUAGAAUACCUGGGCUUUUCCUCACUCCUCAAAGUGGCCAGGACAGCUCACAAGGCAAUUGCAAUGAAGACCCUACAGAAACAAGCUGCCUGAUGAACAACAGUGUUCAAGUAUAUCCAAAUUUUUCGUCCUUCCUUUUGGAAAGGCUUCUGUCUACUUUAAGAAUCGAAGACCAGAGAGAGAUUCAUCAAGUGACUUUUCUCUUGACCCUACAUCUCCUUUUUGAAAUAAGGACACUCCCUUGAAUGCUCAGUCUGUCUUCCUGUUAAAGAUGGAAGCAUUGCUCAGGUUCUUUCUUUUCUGGAAGGUAUUUUCUUCAACAUCUUUUGGCUACCCAAGUGGCAAAAUCAGUGUGGCUUGUAAUUCUAUGUUACCCAGUCAUGAAAAUGCCAUUUCACAGACUUCUCUACCACCGUAUGCCAUUUCCAUCUCCAACACAUCAUUCACCCCAGGAGAUGAAAUCAUAGUAUCUCUAACUGGAGUCAAUGGUUCCAGCUUUAAAGGAUUUCUACUCCAGGCUCGAACACCUGGAGGAGAGGCUGCUGUUGGAAGCUUUCAAAUCCUAAAUCCUAACACACAAGGGCUUAUAUGCAACAAUAUUCAGAAUUCUGCAGUGAGUCACACAAACCGGGAUGACAAGCAAAAUGUAACAGCUGUUUGGAUUGCACCUCCUGGCGUGGGACAAGUUGUUUUCAGAGCAACAGUCGUACAGAGUUUUGCCACAUUUUGGGCUCAGGUUCAAAGCCAUCUUCUUGUGUCUUCCAACACACCAUCUGUUUCUACUUUACCCAGUUUGUCACAGAGUACUACUCCCUCUGCAACCAUCUCCACAGAAGAAGGAUGUGGUACAGAGAAAUUCUGUUUCAGUAACCCUACAGGGUGCAGUCCAAAGGAUCCAAACUGUUACUUCAUGUCAUCUGAAGCAUUAGAGAGUCCUGCAUUCAAAUUUGAAAUGAGUGGUCUUUCAGAUGGCUAUAUAGCUAUUGGUUUUUCUGAUGACACAAUUAUGGGGAAUGAUGACAUCUAUAUUUGUGAUAGAAAUGCCACAGAUCAUAUAGAGGUUCAACAUGCCUUCUCAACUGGACGUACUAGACCUACCCCUAUGCCUCUGGGUGAAGUGGAAGUUCUAGCAACAUCCUUUAACAAUGGAAUCAUCAGAUGUUCUUUCAUUUCAAGAAAUGCUAUAUCAACUCAGCCAAGAGAUGCUGGCAAUUUGUACUACAUAUUUUUGGCUUUUGGACCAUCGUCAUCUGGUCAGAUACUGAAGCAUACCAGGAGACCUUUCAUCACUGAUCAGAAGGUGAACAUUUCAAGCUUCCAAUCACUAGGGGGCACUGCUUCUACACCUUUGAUUAUUAAGGCUCAUGGUGCUCUCAUGCUGAUUGCUUGGAUGACCACAGGCAGUGUAGGAAUGAUAUUUGCCAGGUACCUGAAGAAGUCCAUCAAAAAAACUCUUCUGGGUAAAGAUAUUUGGUUUCAGAUACACUUGUUCUUCAUGUUGCUAACUGUGGUGGCAACAUCAAUUGCUUUCAUACUGAUCUUUGUAGCAGUAAAAGGAUGGAGUGAUAAUGCAGGAGCCCAUGCUGUUAUUGGAUGCAUUGUCAUGGUCCUUUCAUUCUUUCAACCAGUGAUAGCAUUUUUGCGACCUUCUCUUACAAAUAAUAGGAGGUUUGUUUUUAAUUGGUUUCACAUGCUAAAUGCAUUAGUCAUCAAAGUUUUGGCAGUUUCUGCCAUAUUUCUGGGACUGCAAAUGCUCAGCAACACUUCUAGCCAGUGGAUGGUCAAAACAAUGGGAGGCUUUGUGGGCUGGGAGGCCUUACUAGCCAUCAUGCUGGAUGUAAAUCUUUGGUUGAAAAAGAAAGAAAUCUAUGAAGAUCCACAACCAAAGGUGAAAAACGAACUAUUACUACUGCUAAUAUAUCUGUGUGGCAACCUGGCAUUUUUAAUAGUUCUGCUUGUAGGUAUUGGAAGAUCAUAAAAUGAAUGUUUCUUUGGUGGGGAAAUGAGAACUGCACUUGCUGUUUUACAACCUGUAUCCCCCAAAAAGAGAUUGUCAGAAAUUUUACUUCUGCAAUGGCUAAUAGUAUCCUGACUUUGUCUUCAAAACAGAAUGUUGUGCAGAAUAUUGUCUAAAAUCUGAUUUAAAGAUAGAUUCAAGGAUCACAGAUCAAAGUAUGAAUCAUGAUAGAAAUACAUAGCAUGAUCUGGAGUAAAUGUGCAUAUCUGAUAUAUAUGAUAGACAUUUCCACAGACAUUGCGUAAUCCACAGAUGUUAAAACUAGAGUAAGGAAAACUGAUGCCUUUUUUAUGAUGUAAUUGUUAUAAUCAAAUGUUAUUUUUUUUACUCUGAAAUAUAUGAUUGUAUAUACCAUUUAACUCUUAAGACAGAUUCAAGCUACUAUAGAGGCUUUAUUAGCUUGUCUAAUAGAAAUACAAUCCAGUUCCUCUUUGGAUGCUACAAACUGAAGAACUGUAAUUCUACAAGCGUUUCUUUAACAGUAAAUCCCAUUGACUGUGUUAGAAAUCUUGGAUUUUGGCUCUUCCCAAACUACAAAUGCUGUUUGAGAUCUACAAAAGAAAAAUAAUUGCAUUGUUAAUGUUAUAAGUAAAAGUAGGAUAUUUCAUCCACUAAUUAUGCUCCCACCCAAGACACAGAUUACAGGAAGAAGUGGGAAUAAAAAAUGGGAUGAUCACUAUCUAUCAGCUAUGCUAGGUAGUUUCACAAAGGUAUAGGACUAAGGAAACAGAAUCACAAACUUCCACUUGGCCAUGAAGCUCUUAGGACCAGUCAUUAUCUCUCAGCCUAACCCGCCCCACAGGGUUGUUGUGUCAAUAAAAUUAGGGAUGGGAAGCAUAUGUUUAGACUCAUUGGAGGAAAAGUGGCAUAUAAAUGUAACAAAGAAACAGUUGAGACAAAAUCUGGGCCUAGAAUCUGGGCCAUUACUCCACACAGAAACACACACUGUUCCUCUAAAGUAUACAGUUAAUUAGUGUAUGUACAAUCCUCCUAGAGCCAGUGUGGCAUAGUGGCGUGAGCAAUGGAUUAUGGCUCUGGAGACCAGGGUUUGAUUACCAGCUUGGCCAUGAAACCAACUGGGUGACCUUGGACAAGACACAUGAUCUCAGCCUCAAG